CAUGCGCAUCAUUUCACAUCGAAGCAGCAGGAGCGGAGGGAAAAUGUGUUAAUGUAGUCUGAUGAGCAGUUUAUUGCGAAGCGAAAAGAUAAUCUGAUAUUACAGAAAUACAUUAUUUACCAAAUCAGUGAUCAUAGAUUACUAUAGAUCAAUGGAUUGAUACUUUAUGACAUCUUACACAGGCGGCGUAAACAAACGAGAAAAGAAAACAAGUGGAGAACAAACAGUGACAUCUGUGUGAUGCUGUUAUCCAAAGUGACUGCAUUCAAGAAACACAUCAGUUCUUUAUCUGUCCUUGCUUUUCCUAAUGAUCAAACCCAUGACCUUGGCACUACACCAUGAUCUACAGAUUAAGCUACAGGAAGCGUGUAGGUAGAUCAUGGUUAAGGAAAGACACACUUGGUGGAUUUUGGAUCCUAAGGACAACCUUUUACACAUCAAUGUGGGUGGGUUGAGGCACACUCUAUGCUCAAGCAUUCUGAGGAAGUUUCCAGACACGCGUCUUGGCCAGCUUUUGUCCUGUGACUCAGAAGAUGACAUUCUACUGCUCUGUGAUGACUUUGAUGUCCAACAGAAAGAGUGUUACUUUGACCGUAACCCUGGCCUUUUCCCAUAUGUCCUGCACUUCUACCAGACUGGCAAGCUGCACAUUAUGGAAGAGCUGUGCAUUUUUUCCUUCUCUCAGGAAAUAGAGUACUGGGGCAUUAGUGAAUUUUUUCUGGACAGCUGCUGUAGUUACCGUUACCUUGAUCGUAAACUGGGGAGACAUCAUAAAUCCUGGGAUGAAGAGAGUGAUGCUAGCAGUGUGGAUACAUCGGUUGAUGAGAUUUCAGAUCUAAACAAAGAUAUCGAGCACUUCCAUGAAAUGCGUUUUGGAAACAUUCGGAAGUGUCUAUGGCUAACAUUGGAAAAUCCAGGGUAUUCAAUCCCUAGCAAACUUUUCAGCUUGCUUUCCAUUUGUGUAGUGUUAAUUUCAAUUGCCACCAUGUGUAUCAACAGCAUUCCAGAGUACCAGAUAUUUGAUGAAAAUGGUAAUCCAACUGAAGACCCAACUAUGCAUGUUUUAGAAGUGUUCUGCAUCUGCUGGUUUACCUUUGAGGUAGUAACACGCAUGCUUCUUGCUCCAAACCAUCGUAAGUUCUUCCUGCUACCACUAAACGUGAUUGAUAUCAUCUCAGUGAUGCCAAUUUACAUCACUCUCUUUUUUGAUCUGCUCAUUGGGAGUGAGUCAGAGCUGGACAACUUGGGAAAACUGGUCCAGGUGUUGCGGCUGAUGAGAAUCUUCAGAGUGCUGAAGUUGGCUAGGCAUUCCACAGGGUUAAGGUCACUAGGUGCUACGCUACGGCACAGCUACAGAGAGGUUGGAAUCUUAUUACUAUACCUGGCAGUGGGUGUAUCAGUGUUCUCUGGAAUGGCUUACACUGCAGAAUAUGAAGAAGAUGUUGGUUUGGACACAAUCCCAGCUUGCUGGUGGUGGGGGACUGUUAGUAUGACAACGGUGGGCUAUGGAGAUGUAGUGCCAGUGACAGUGGCAGGAAAGCUGGCAGCAUCUGGCUGCAUCCUGAGCGGUACAUUAGUUGUGGCACUACCCAUCACCAUCAUUUUCAACAAGUUUUCACAUUUUUACCGCAAACAGAAAGCUCUUGAGGCUUCAGUGAGAAACAGCAACAACAAGAGGCUUAUAGUAAGACAACACAGUAACAGUGAAGACAUCGCAAUACAUGGACAUAGCAACUGUUUGGAGGAUGGAGAGAAGGAUGAAGAUGUCAGUUUUGAAAGAGGAAUUGACAACUUUUGCUAUGAAGAGCAUCCACUAACAAAUAGAUGCUGAGGUGGCCACUAUGCAAGAAAAAUUAUUUUUUGGGAAUAUUGUAUCAAUGUCAAAAAAAAUAACCUGGCUGAGCAUAGAAAUAGGUGACCAAUUAAAGGAAAUCUGUGGGAUUCGGUGAUUCCACUAUGCUGUGGGGGGCAUUUUGCUGCCAUGGUUUGGGUCCACUUGCUCCCUUAGAGGAAAGAGUAUUUCUCAGCCUGAAGGCUGAAUCCUCUGAGGCUUUUAAAUUAAGUUAGCCUCAACAUUAAACAACAGAAUGACAGUCUGCGUGGCUGCAUCAUCAGGUUGUCCUCCCCUGCGGUCACAGAUGAAAAUAUUGAAAAUCCUUAUAUUAUCUUACUUUCUAUUAAUGCAAUACAAUGAACAACAACUGUCAGUGUUUUUUUUUUUUUUUUUUUUUUUUUUUUUUUUUGUAAAUUCUAAUGAAAGCAAUAAUUGUCAAGUCAAGUAACAUUUAUAUAAUGCUUAAUUCAGUACAGGUAGCUUCAAAGCAGCUUCACAGUAUUGAACAGGAAAUUACAGUGUCAAUGUAGCAAAGUGCAUAAAUUAUGAGACAUAUUCAGUUCAGCUAUAAAACAACUCUACAGCAGGUAGAUGGCAAUAGUGUCAUUAUUCAGCUCAAGUCAGUUUAAUGUUGAGUUUUGUUUUAAGUUUUCCCCUGGCCUUAAAUGAACGAACACGGUUUAUGAUUCCACACUGCAUCACAGGUCAGAUUUUGUGGACCAUUAUUAUUCAAAAGCUCUUUCCACAUGGAGUUAGCGCAAUGAAAUUAGGUGAGAAAAUGGUAGGGCUGUAGUCUAAAGUCUUUCUAAUCAGCAAGUAUACAAUGCUUAAUAGGUAGCCAAUGCAGUAUUGACAGAACCAGGCUAAUAUGGUCAUACGUUUUAGUCUGGUAAGCACUCUAGCUGCUGCAUUUCAGACCAGGUAAUGUUUGUUUAAUAAUACUACAGGGUAUCCUGCUUUCUUGAUGGCAUCACGGCGUCGGACUGUACUACUUCAUCUUAUUUUAACACAAAUGAACAACAGUAUCUAGGGUGCUAGAAAAGAAAAAAGUCCAUAGGUUCUGUUGGAACAUCAAGCUAUUCUGAUCUGUUAUGCUGAGGAGUUAAGACAGGUGAUGUUGAUAAAGCAAUCUUUAAUGGAAGAAGUGAUAGUUCUACAUAUUUGUUACAAGGGACUUCAAUUUGAAGUUAAAAUCAGAGCUAAAUGGAGAAUAAAUGAGAUCAGAUAAUGACCUAAAUGUCACAGCUCUGCUGUAGAAUUUCAAAGUUAUCAACAGAUUAUACAAGCCUUACAACCCU